AUGGAUCAGGGAGGCCAAGGAGGCCAGGGAGACCUGAACUGGCGCCUCAGCGCGCAUCCGAUCACGCUACUUGUCUUCUUGGGAAUCCGCAUUGGGGCCUUGCUUAUGUACUUGUUUGGUGUUCUCUUCAUCGGUGACUUCGUUCUCGUCUUCAUCCUCACACUGCUCCUCCUGUCUGCGGAUUUUUACUAUCUCAAAAAUAUUGCUGGGCGACGUUUGGUAGGAUUACGAUGGUGGAAUGAAGUCAACACGGCCUCCGGCGACUCUCACUGGGUAUUUGAAUCCUCCGACCCCAACGUCCGUACUAUCACUGCUACGGACAAGCGCUUCUUCUGGCUCAGUCUUUAUGUGGCUCCAGCCUUAUGGAUUGGCUUGGGUAUCGUGGCCAUUUUGAGUCUGGGCAGCCCGAUUUGGCUUAGUUUAGUCGGCAUUGCGUUGAUUCUUACAAUCACCAACACCAUCGCGUUCUCACGUUGUGACAAGUUUAGCCAAGCGUCGACGUAUGCUAGCAGUGCUUUGGGUGGUGGGAUUGUGAAUAACCUCGCUGGUGGCCUGCUGGGCAGGGUCUUCCGCCCCUCCUGGGGUUCUUCCUUCUUCUUAAACUCCUUCAUCUCCUUCCUUUCCUUUCCCAACUUCCUCUUGUCACUUCCCUCAUCUCCUGUCUCCGAAAUCCCACCUCCGAACCUCCUGACUAUGUCUGACGUCUGGGAACAGGCGGCCUCUGGCAUUGAUCCCUGGACUCCCCAGGACAAUGACCAGUCCGCAGCCUUGACUCAGGUCGAGUCUCCUAGUGACGGCGACGAAGCACAUGAGCUUGAAGACUACCGCCCUCAUGACACUACUGCUUCUUCUGCCCACGCUUGCCGAAACUGUGGCUCUCCGCACCACCUCACUCGCAUGUGCCCGGAGAAUGAUGCGCCGCGCGGUCGUUCUCCUGGUCCCCAAGAUGGACCCCGUGGUUGCUACAACUGUGGCGAGGAAGGGUAUGCACCCAUCAGCCCAAUGCCGUCUAAUCCCUUCACCCACGCUUCUGACUCCCCCCCCCACGCAUCUUCUAGUCACAUGAAGUCCGAUUGCCCCAACCCCCCUGUCUUUAAAGGCACUUGCAAAAUCUGCCAAAAGGAGGGCCAUAUGGCCGCCAAGUGCCCCUCCCGCACCCCGGACAUUUGCAAGAACUGCCUGGAAGAGGGCCACAUUGCCUUUGAGUGCAAGGCGAACCGCAAGUUCGAUCUUGGCAAUGUUCCUGACGUCCUCCCGGAGGAGGCUUGGGAGCUCAUGAAGAAGGCCAGCGACGUGAACGACCUUGAUGACUUCCGCGAGGCCGUCAAGAUGUACUCCAAGGCUGUGCCCGAUGCCACCUGGGUCGAUAUUGAGAAGAAGUUGCGUGAGGGGAAACUACGUUACUACCUUAUCGCCUUGAUUCAUGACACCAUGGAUGUCAACACCUUGAUCGACUUACAGGGCAAGCUUGACCGCAAGUACGCCAUCAGCUUUCAGGAAUCUCAAACCCCUCCUCGCCGCUUUCUUCGCACUCGCUGGCCCGAGUCUCCUGAGGACAACAUGGAGCGCCUGAAGGACGCCGGCCUGCCUUAUGAUCGUUAUGUUCCCAAGUGCCGCAACUGUGACAAGAUGGGCCACAUCGCCAAGCACUGCAAGGAGGAGCGUAUCGAAGUCACCCACACUGAGAUCCGUUGUGCUAACUGUGAUGAGCUCGGCCACCGUGUUCGCGACUGCCCCGUGCCUCGCAAGAGCCGAUUUGGGUGCCGUAACUGUGGUUCUGAGGAGCACGAAGCCCGUGACUGCCCUGUACCUCGCUCUGCCGACGAUGUUGAAUGCCGCCGCUGCAACCAAACCGGUCAUUUCGCUAAGGACUGCCCAAAUGUCGAGGCCCGUCCUCCCCGUACCUGCCGUAACUGCGGAUCUGAGGACCACAUCUUGCGGGAUUGCGACCAGCCUCGUGUUGAGUCCAGCAUGGUUUGCCGUAACUGUGACCAGGAGGGCCAUUUCUCCCGUGAAUGCCCCGAGCCCAAGAACUGGUCGAAGGUGAAGUGCAACCGCUGUGGCGAGAUGGGCCACACUGUCAAGCGUUGCCCCCAGCCUGAGGAUGUUGGGGCGGCCUCCCGCUCAGUCACCCACGAGGGCUUUUCCAAGUCGGACAACGGUGACGACUUUGACAUCACUCACCAGCUGACCGACCUGACCUGGUAG